UCAUAAGCGAAAAACGAAAUUCAUUGUUUUUAAUGUAAAUUUUGGUGUACGUUGCUAGUGGUGUAAUUAGGACAAAGAUGACUGAAAAAAAAUAUUUUAAAUGGAAAAUAGAAGAUCUACAAAAUGCUAUACAUGACUAUAAGAAUUCAGAUAUUGGUUUGAACGAGUGUGCACGAUUACACAAGAUUCCUAAAGCAACAUUGAAAAGACAUUUAGAUAAAAGUGAUUCAGAAGAUCUUGUUGAAAUUAAUAAAGGCAGACCAACGGUAUUUGACAGAAAAUUUGAAAAUGUUCUAGUAGAGCACAUAUUAUUUUUAGAGCAACACAUGUUCGGGUUCACUAUCACAGAUAUCAGAAGACUUGCUUACCAAAUUGCCGAGAAAAAUGGACUGAAACACAACUUCAAUAGUACAAAGAAAAUGGCUGGGAAAGCGUGGUAUUACGCUUUCAUAAAACGGCAUAAGGACAAGAUUAGUCUUCGACAACCUGAAGCAACAUCUUUAAACCGUGCUAAAGGGUUUAACAGGGAAAGUAUUCAAAACUUUUUUGAUAUUUAUGAGCAAAUAGUUGACACUAAUAAGCUGAAUGCUAACAAAAUAUUUAAUGUCGAUGAAAGCGGAUUCCAAACAGUGCAAAAGAAGCCCCAAAAAGUUUUAGGUGGCAAGGGAAAAAAGCAAAUUGGAGCAUUAACCAGCGGUGAAAGAGGUGUUAAUACAACAAUGGUUGCCUGUGUAAGUGCAGCUGGUCAAUUUAUUCCGCCAAUGAUAAUAUUUAAACGAAUGCGCAUGAGUGAUCAAUUGAAAGAGGGAGCUCCAGCUGGAAGCUUGAUAACCGUUUCGGAAUCCGGGUACAUCAACCGUGAGCUGUUCUGUCAGUGGUUGCAACAUUUUGCUGCAGUCGUCAAGCCAACAAAGGAAGAUAAGGUCUUGCUGUUGCUCGAUGGGCACACGACACACAGCAAAAACCUUGACGCUUUGAUGUUUGCACGCGAGAACGGCAUCGUUUUGCUACAAUUGCCAGGACACACUACGCACAGAUUGCAACCGCUUGACGUCUCAUUUUUCAAGCCAAUGAGCACUUAUUAUACCCAAGCCAUCGAAUCUUGGAUGCGUUCACAUCCUGGUAGUGCUGUAACUCAGUACCAAGUAAGCCGGCUUAUCAAUGAGGCAUAUGAACGCGCAGCCACAAUCGGUAACGUUGUCAAUGGAUUUAAGGCAACUGGCACCUGGCCUGUAAACCGGAACAUAUUUCAAGAUCAUCAUUUUGCACCAGCUGAAGCUUUGAUCUCUAAUGUUGAACAAAAUGAUUCUCCAAAAUUUUCUACACUACUUUCUAAUAUGCAAGACGAUGUACCCUCCACAUCCCAGGUUACUGAGCCGUCAAAGUUAGAAGAAUUCAAAAGUAGCCUGAAUAUUCUAUCCCCAUUACCCAGGAAUAACUUACCGAGUAAAGGCAGAGGCGCUCAAAAAGCUGUUGAAUUGACAUCUUCUCCAUAUAAAAAUAAUUUAGAGAUAUCCCAGCAGAAAGCUAAACAACCCAAAAAAGUUCCAUUGCGAUUAAAUAAACCGAUCAAACAGAAGAUAAAAAAAAUGACUAACCUAAAUACAACUCAUGUUAAACAAAACAAGAAACUUAUUGAUAAAACAGCACGCAAUAAGAAAAAGAUAAAAAUUGAAGACAGCGAAGAGUCGACUGAAGAAGAAGAAGUCAUAGUCUUUGACGAUUCGGAGAGUUGCGAUUCAGAAGACAAAGAAAAUGAUUGUGCGAAAUGUGGGCGAAAUUACUACGAUAAGAAAGGACCAAAAGUGGACUGGAUACAAUGUGUGCGUUGCCAUAACUGGAAUCAUGAAACUUGCACCACUAACCCCGAUAUUUGUGAUGAUUGUCUGGAAUAA